AUGGGACUCAAGGUUGAGCAGGUGGGAGCUUUCAGUCUGACCGUCACUGAGAGUCAGAUAGAAGCCACAGCCGGACAAUCUGUGUACUUCCUGGUAAUGCCCAGUGAACUGGGAAAUUUUAGUAUAAUAUGGAAAGUCAACACCAGCUCCACAAUCGCAUCAGCAAAGGGAACAGCAGUGAAGUACUUUGGAGACUACCAGGGUCGGGCUGAGCUUUACCCCAACAAUGCCACUCUACGUCUGGACACAGUGACUCCGGCUGAUUCCGGUUCGUACUCAGUGUCUGUGUUUGACUUAAUCCUCGGAGCAGCCUCAGCAGAUUUACAACUGCGUGUUCACACUCCGGUGUCCAAUGUGAGCAUCAGCCUGAGUCCAGACAAGGAGAUAUUUAUCGAGAAUAAAGACACAGUGACACUAAGAUGUACAGCAAUGGGAUCGUUCCCCACCUAUUCCUGGGCACUGGAUGGACACCCGUUACCUGUAACCCCACGUUACACACUGUCUGCAGAUAAUAGCACUCUGACAAUCAGCCCCGUACACAGGAGCGACAGUGGAGGGUUUAUCUGCACGGCCAGUCACCUGGUGGGCAGUGACAGCAGCAAACCAGUGAAGCUGGUGAUAACUUAUGGCCCUGAUCCACUCACCUUUAUUGUGAGUGGGCAGGUGAUAUGUGACAGUUUGGUCCCAGGACAGUACUGUGGGAAGGAGGGAGAUUUGAUGACCCUCAACUGUCAGACGAAAUGUUUCCCAGAGUGUAACUACAGGUGGACACAUAACACCACAGUCAUUGCCGGCAACACCUCACAGCUGCCUAUAGAGAGCCUCACGUUCAACAACAGCGGGGAUUACACUUGCAAUGUGAAGAAUGAUUACACCACGAUUAGCCGCACGGAGAAGGUUUCAAUCCUCGUGUACACUCUGCUGUCCAAUGUGAGCAUCAGCCUGAGUCCAGACAAGGAGAUAUUUAUCGAGAAUAAAGACACAACGACAUUGAGGUGUACAGCGAUGGGAUUGUUCCCCACCUAUUCCUGGGCACUGGGUGGACACCCGUUACCUGUAACCCCACGUUACACACUGUCUGCAGCUAAUAGCACUCUGACAAUCAGCCCCGUACACAGGAACGACAGUGGAGGGUUUAUCUGCGCGGCCAGUAACCCGGUGAACAGUGACAGCAGCAAACCAGUGAAGCUGGUGAUAACUUAUGGCCCUGAUCCACCCACAGUAUAUAUGAGUGGGCAGUGA